UCCUGGUUGAAUUUUGGUCGACUUCCUUAUCACAGUGACUAGGUAUUGUGGUGGCUGGAGGGGUGCAUGCCUCCUCCUGAAGAGGAAAAAAGGUCCUUUGAGGCUUAGCCAAUGCUGAAUGAAUAGUUUGGGAUGUUUUUCUGCCAAUUGGGAUGAGGUGAAUGAAUGCUUAGUUUGAGUUUUAUCAGUGGAACAUAAGACACCGUGCGGGUAACAUCUUGGAUCUUGGAGAGAAAAGGAGACCGCGAGUGUGACAGAAAUCAGUGAAGUUAUGAAUGAAUAAAGAUAAGAUUAAUUGGAAGCAUUACAAAUCGAUUAUAAUUGAUGAAUGUGGCACGCCGCACAGUGAAUGGGGCAGUGAUAAUAAAUUGAUUAAGCAGCAGAAAUCAGUUUGAAUAGUGAUUAAUGUAGUUGGUUAUUGAAAACCGUCAGUGGAAGAGGCUUGAAGCGAUAAAUAAUAAAUAAAAAGUGUUGAACAGAGCGAAGAGCGGCUAAAGUGCAGAGUGUUCUUCUCGGUGUUGGCUAGAAGGUGAACCGUGGAAAGUUACGUGAAGAGGAAAUCGAUAAAAUUUUCAACGCUGGGAAAAUUAAGCGAGAGAUGAAAAAGCUUUCUGGCUUGUACGUAUGAGGGUGUUUCCUGGUGUUAUGCUGUAGAGAUUAAUUUUGGGAAGAAGAACCGGGAGUAAGGAAGGAAGACCCAAGUUGUUCAAAGUGUGAGAUGAUUUGCAUAUAAAUUGGAUCCGAGGAUAAAGUGAAACGGAAAAAGUUGUUAAAUGGUUUAGUGACCGAAAAAUAGUUGAAUGUGUGAAUUGAUUAAAAUUUGCUCGAAAGCUUGUUCAAAAGGAUUCUAGCAUGGAGGAAGAACUACGUUGUCCUGUUUGUAAGCAACUUUUCUCUGGUCCGGUGCUGUUGCCGUGCUACCAUGCGCUUUGUUUAGCGUGUGCCCUGGACAUCCAGACAACAGCAAACCAAGUCCAUCACAAUCCGGCAGUUCAUUUGCAUCAACAGCACUCACAGUCGUCAGCAUCAUCCGUUAGUACUGGUAGCUCUAGUGCCACCGAAAGCGUUUCGUCAGAUCAGGAUCAAGCCGACAAAGUUAGUAUUUUGAGCGAAGCUGAUUCAGGAGUUAUCUGUUGUACUUCACGACCAGGAUCAUACGCAGGCACACCGAAUCUGCAAGGUCUACUGUUCCCACCGUCUGGAUCGGGAUCGGUGUUCUCGCUCGCUUGUCCCAUUUGUCGUAAGAUCGUUUUCUUCGACGAGCUUGGUGCCAGAAAUUUGCCGCUAUAUCGGGCGAUGGAGUCCAUUGUGGAUCGCUUCUGUGAACGUGAAGCCUUGAGAUGUCAAAUGUGCGAAACUGAACCACCAAAAGUAGCUUCGGUUGUUUGCGAGCAGUGUGAAAUACGCUACUGCGAUGGUUGCCGUGAACUUUGUCAUCCGGCACGUGGACCAUUGGCUAAGCACACACUUACGAAGCCACGUGGCGCCUCUCAACUUCGAGAAUCCAUUUGCGGUGAACACAACGAACCACUCGCUAUGUACUGCAUGGGAUGUAAGCUGCCCAUCUGCAAUCAAUGCAUGACCGACAACCGUCAUCAGUCCCACGACUUGCAAUCGAUCACGGCGAUGUGCAAAGCUCAAAAGACUGAAUUAUCACAUAACCUGCAGCAGCUGUCGGAGAAAGCACGGUCGACGACAGAAUUUAUCCAAAGACUGAAAGGAAUGAGCGAUAAAGUUACGGAAUCCUGCAUCGAGUUUGAACGAGUGGUGACGGCCCAAUGUGAAGCACUGAUAGAGGCGAUAAACGCGCGGAGGGAAGUCCUGUUGGAAGCCAUCCGGCAAGAUAAGGAUACCAAAAUUAGAACACUAAAGGAUCAACAAGCGAGUUGUACAGGGAAACUACAGCAAACCACAGGAUUAAUACAGUUCUGCAUCGAAGCGUUAAAAGAGACUGAUAGUGCGGCAUUUUUACAGGUUGGCUCGAUGCUGAUUAACAGGGUAGCGAACACCGACAUGACGUGGCAUCAGGAGGUGACGAAUGCCGCGCCCCGGGUGUCUCCCAUCAUCGAUCUCACGCUGGACGACAGCUCGGUUAUUCGGGCGAUCGAUAAUCUUAACUUCAUUCAAAUGAAACCUGCUAAAGAAGGAGAAGAACGACUGCCAGCAGUUCCCUUGGCACCGAUCAUCAUCCCUGAGGACUGCUCCGCAGAGAACAACUCAGUAACUGUUGCAUGGCAGCCACCCAGUCAUUCGUUCGUACAGGGCUACGUUCUGGAGUUGGACGACGGAAGUGGUGGUGAAUUUAGGAAUUGUCCAAAAGUGUUUGAAGGCGUAUUUACAACGCUCCAAACUUCUCAGGAAGUGUACUGCGGAAAAGAGACAAUCUGCACCGUCGAUGGGCUGCACUUCAACUCGAUGUACAACGCCCGCGUGAAGGCCUUCAACAGCACCGGCGAGGGCGAAUACUCGGAGCUCAUUGGCUUGCAGACGGCGGAAGUGGCGUGGUUCACCUUUGACUCGACUCUCAGUGGUGGACCCUGCUCCGGACUGAACUUCAGCAACGACAACCGGACUGUAUCGGCCGACGGAUGGGAGCACCGAGUAGCCCUUGGAUCGGUCGGUUUCUCCCGGGGUGUGCACUACUGGGAGUUUACCAUCGACAAAUACACGGCCGACACGGAUCCCGCCUUUGGAAUAGCUCGGAUUGAUGUGGCCCGGGAUAAGAUGCUGGGUAAGGACGAUAAGGGGUUUGCUAUGUACAUCGAUCGUCAACGGUCAUGGUUCCAGCAUAAUUCCGUACACGAACGUCGGGUGGAAGGAGGAAUCUCCACCGGCAGCACCAUCGGCGUGCUUUUGGAUCUUGAGCGCCACACGUUGCACUUCAUCGUCAACGAGAUGCCUCAGGGGUCGGUCGCGUUCCGUGAUCUGUAUGGCGUCUUCUAUCCGGCCGUCAGUGUUAAUCGUGGCGUCACACUGACACUUCACACCGGCCUCGAUGCACCGCAUAUGGACUACCACUAGGGUCAUUAGGUGGUGUUCUUCCUACAUAAAGCGAAAGAAAUAGAGAGGACUUCCAGCCUGAGGAGGCGUGCGAGUCAUUUGGGCUUUCUUUAAUUUAAAUUCUAUUCAAAUUAUUUUGCAACUCCUUCGCCUCUCGUCUAGUGUACCUACCAGACGAACAAACUCAGGGUCACAGGGUAGCUCGUCCUCCUUCCAUCAAGGGCCUACGACGACGAUGAUGCACGGCUAAGAUAAUUUUGCGACACAAAUGGGAGCGUGUGCAAAGAGAAGAGAAAACAUAAUCAUGCUUAUGCUAUUUAUAAUGUACAGACAAGGCUUCGAGUUGUAUAAAACGGCGAGAUAGUGUAGUGAGUGGGUGGAACAGCACAGCAGCCGCAGUAGCAGCAGAGAAUGGCAAAACGAAACAAAUCCAAGCGAAUUAAAUUGUUCUUGGGGCAAUGGAUCGGAAGGCAAAAGUCGAUACGAAAAGGAAAAUGAGAUUGGAAACUAUUACCUAUGCGGUAUCUUCGAAUUUUUAUCUUCUGUGGAAGAGCGCUCAUGGAAAGACAGUCGAUUUAGUAUUUUAAGGGGAGUAUUGACGGUACAAUGCUACAAGGCCUUUUAAUCCGUUUUUUUUUCUUCAAAAGUUUAACUCAAAUUUAAAUUAAUUUUCUGUUUUUUAUCGGUAAUUUUGUUAGUAAUUUUAGUGUAUUAGGCCAUCGUAAUGUAUGUGGGUAAUCCUUGUUUUCAAUUCGAGCGGGGCCUUCUUCUACGCCUACCCUCAACAUAGCAUUUUAUGAGCAUUUUCACAGUAGUUAAUUAAGAACUUUCUAAAGCCAUAUUCAAUCUAGGGUGUUGUAACGAGUUAUAACCGGUUUUCAUGAUACAAGUUUCGAUCACCUUAUUCCUAUCUAUUGUUUUUUAACUCAAUUUACACGAUUUUUUUUACCCAGAAUUUUUAUCGUAAAAUAUGCAGCUGAUAAAAAGUAAAUCAUAGAAAGUAUGAUAUAGGUAAUAUAACUGUGACAAUCUGAGCCAUAUGAACAUUCUCAUUUGAAAUAUUUAGUGGAUUUCUAAUUGUAAUGAGAUACAAUUGAGGAGUACUGUAUUCGAGAAAAAAAAAUUAAAGCACUAACAAUUUAACUCGUUUUUGAAUUCAAAAAUAAUAUGCCAUCUCUGAUAAUAAAUUGAUCUCUGCCCCAAGAAAUGUGCAAAACAUUGCGAUGCACUGCAUUAUUGCUUUGCACGUGCAUUAAAUUGAAAAGAAAAGUCAUGUUAAGCUUGCAAAUACUCAUUUCAGUUAAAAUAAUGUUUUUCGGAAUAAUAAAAUCAAAAGAUGGUAUGAUGACAUGUUUUACUUGUAACUUACAAGAAGAGGUUACAACGUAUGCGUUUGUAACAUAGAACCUGUACAUUUUGAUUUCUAUGAGUCACACUCAGCGAUUUGCUGAUCGCUG